CAAGAAUUCGGUUUGUCUCGCACCUCCCAGCGGUUAUCCACCCGCCGAGCAACGUGUCACGCCCCCUCCACCUCCACAUUUUACCCGGGAUGCAUUCCGGACCCCUCCCUACUCGCCCCGCCGCCCUCCUAUCUUCUUCCCCCCCGCGAUCCCAUCUCUCUCCCCGCAAACCGCCCGCUCGCCGUCCGCUCAACCAUGAGGCUCUACGUCUACGUGCUGGAAGCCCGCGGCCUGCCCGCCGCCAAGGCCUCUAGCGGAGGCGCCGCCGCCGCCGCCGACGGCGUCUACGCGAAGCUCAAGGUGGGGAAGCACAAGUCGAGGACGAGGGCGUUGAGGGGGACCCUCGACCCCGUGUGGAACCAGGAGUUCGUGUUCCGGGUGGAGGACGACGAUGAGGGGGAGGAACUCGAGGUUGGGCUCUUCCGGGAGGCGGACGGAGGCGGCGGAGGGGAGCUACUUGGCCGCGUCCGCCUUCCCGUCCGGGCGGCUUCAGGCGAAGGGGUGCAGACCCUACCGCCGACUUGGCUCUCGCUGCAGCCCCGGCACCAUGGUGCCCAAUCCAAGGCCAAAGACUGCGGAAAAAUUCUUCUCACCUUAACAUUGUAUGGAAGAUGCAGCAGCAAUUCUGUUAACCAUACUUCUCCCCCUUGUUCAAGCCUCUACAGUAGUGCCAAUGUUAGAGAGCUAAAAGAAUCAGCUAGCACACGACAUAAUGUUCUACGAGGCACAGAAUCUCCUACCAUGACAAAUAUGAGUAAAUCAAUUUCUGUUGUAGAACAAACACCAUCGCUUCAAGCUCAUGUUGGCCAUUUAACAGAGAGACAUCCCAGUAAGAAUGAAGCAAGCUUCUCUGUUGUUUCUAGAAAUCAUGAUUUGUUGGAGUUAUCUGAUGUGCUUUCUGGAGAUGAGAGCAACAAAGAUGCAAAUGUCUUGUUUGAAGAUGCUAUGGAGAUCAUGCAAACAAGGGAAGAAACGAAUAUGCCAGAAAAUCUUGAAGGGGGCAUUCUUCUUCAGCAAGCAUACAUGAUUGAGACCAAGGAUCUAAACUCUUUCUUAUUUAAACCUAAUGCACAAUUCAGGAGAGAGCUUGCAGGACUGCAGGGAACCACAAACUACGAGGAAAAACCAUGGAAAUGGGAGUGCAAGGAUCCACCAUGUUUAGGAAGGCUGGUUACUUACACAAAAGCUUCAACAAAGUUUGUAAAAGCAUUCAAUGCCAUAGAAGAGCAGACAUAUAUAAAAGCAGAUGGGAAAAAUUUUGCAGUUUUGACUCGUGUCAGCACGCCAGAAGUCCCGUAUGGUAAAUGCUUUCAGGUUGUUUUGCUCUAUAAGAUAAUGCCUGGUCCGCAACUAUCUUCAGGUGAAGAAAGCUCUAAUUUUGUUAUAUCUUGGAAUCUUGAGUUUAACCAAAGCACUGUAAUGAAAAGCAUAAUUGAGGGAACUGCUAGACAGGGACUGGAGGACAGCUAUGAAAGCUUUGCUGACUUGCUAUCUCAAUAUACUAAACCAGUUGUCUCAUCAGAGCUGCUAAUGGACAAAGAGCAGUUGUUGGCACCAUUGCAGCUUGAUCACCAAUCAGAUUGGAGAUUGGCUGUCGAGUACUUUUGCAGUUUUACAGUAGUUUGUACCAUAUUUAUGUGUUUGUAUGUUCUUAUGCACAUUGUUUUCUUACGACAUGGUGCAAGCUGGGGACUGGAAUUUAAUGGUUUAGAUUUGCCUGACACAUUCGGUGAGCUGAUCAUCUCUGGGAUUUUGUUUCUUCAAGGGGAGCGCAUUUUCAAUAUGAUUUCACAUUUUGUGCAGGCAAGAUUACAAAGAGGUAGUGAUCAUGGAGUGAAAGCACAGGGUGAUGGGUGGCUUCUUACUGUUGCUUUAAUUGAAGGGUGUAAUUUACCGUCAGCAGCUUCAUCUGGUUUUUCAGAUCCUUAUGUGGUGUUCAGCUGUAAUGGUGAAACUAGAACAAGUUCUGUCCAGCUUCAAACACUGGAUCCUCAAUGGAAUGAAAUACUGGAGUUUGAUGCGAUGCAAGAGCCACCAUCUGUGUUAGAUGUUGAAGUUUUUGAUUUUGAUGGUCCGUUUGACCUGGCAGCCUCUCUUGGGCAUGCAGAAAUAAAUUUUCUGAAGCACUCGUCUGCUGAGCUGGCUGACAUGUGGAUACCCCUUAAGGGUAAACUGGCUCAAACAUCUCAGAGCAAGCUUCAUUUAAGAAUUUUCUUGGACAACACAAAGGGAAUGGAAACUGUAAAGGAAUAUCUAACGAAGAUGGAGAAGGAAGUUGGGAGGAAGUUAAACAUCCGGUCACCACACAGGAAUUCAACAUUCCAGAAGCUCUUUGCUCUACCACCAGAAGAAUUUCUCAUCAAUGAUUUCUCGUGCUACUUGAAGAGAAAGAUGCCAUUGCAGGGCAGGCUUUUCUUAUCUGCAAGAAUUGUUGGAUUCUACGCCAAUCUAUUUGGUCAUAAAACUAAAUUUUUUUUUCUCUGGGAAGACAUUGAGGACAUUCAAGUGAUUCCUCCUUCUUUUUCAACAUUUGGGAGCCCAGCUUUACAGAUAAUCUUGAGGAGUGGUCGAGGCCUUGAUGCUAGGCAUGGUGCAAAGUCUCAAGAUGAAGAAGGAAGGUUGAGAUUUCAGUUUCAAUCAUUUGUAUCAUUCAACAUAGUAAGCAGGACGAUCAUGGCUCUCUGGAGAACAAGAGCCUUGAACAUUGAACAGAGAGCUAAGAUGGAAGAAGACCAACAGAAUCAUGCUCUAAGAUCAGUUCAGAUUGAAGAUAGUGAGACUUUAUUGAAGUUUGAAGACAUCAACUUUUCAGAGGCUUACUCUUCGGAAGUUCCUCUCCAUGCAAAUUUGCUUAUGGAAUUAUUUGAGGGGGGGAAUUUGGAGAAGAAAAUUAUGGAUAAAGUCGGCUGUCUUAAUUACUCGGUGACUCAGUGGGAGGUUGUAAGAUCCAAUGUUUAUGAAAGACACAUACGUUAUAAGUUCAAUCGCCAUGCAUCUAUUUUUGGUGGUGAAGCAGUUAGUAGCCAACAAAAAACCCCUACAGCAGAUGGUAAUGGGUGGAUUGUAGAUGAAGUCAUGACUAUCCAUAAUGUCCCAUUUGGUGAUCACUUCCGGGUCCAUUUGAGAUACAAGAUUGAGACCUUGCUACAUGUCUCUUCAACAAGCCGAUGUGAUGUUUUUGUUGGCAUCGAAUGGAUAAGAAGUACAAAAUUUCAGAAGCAGAUAACAAGAAAUGUAUGUGAUAAACUAGCUCAUAGGUCAAAGGAUAUAUUUGAACUGGCAGAGAGAGAGCUUCUUUCUGCAAAAGCACAAGAUUAGGUUACCUAGAGAAUGGUGCUCCUUAGUUGCGUAUUAACUGAUUGUCAUGAUAGCAGUGAGAAAUUUGAAAUAUAGCACCAUUCAAUUCAGGAAGCAUUUGUACAUUUGUUGAGUUGAUUAAGCAAACUGGAUGCUAGAAUAUAUGACGUUGUUCUUUUGGGUAUUUACCAAGCAGAUCAUCAUUUAGGCUGGAAAUAUUAACUUGUAGACAUGAGAGUAGUUAUGCUUCUCAGUUGACUGUUUUGGUUCCUAAAAAUGGGAUGACGGUCAACAAAAGGUAUAUUUUGGCAUUGAAUGGAAUAUCUAUAUGCUGCGUGAGUUCCACUCCA